CUGUGCCAGUACAUCCCAAUCACAUAUCUAUUUUGAAGGGUCCUUCGAUCAGCUGCACUUGAGUGAAUACAGAUUCAAGAGUCCCUGGAUGGUGGUCACAUCACAAAAGUAUAAUUUAUGUGUGGCUUUUCUGCAAUACAUGUUUGGUGCUUGUUCACACUUGCCCCAACCAUUGUCAAGUUUGCUGGCUUCUGUACCAUAGGAACAAGGUGGCUGUUGACUGCCAUCAGCGGGGAAACAUUUCCUCCAGUACAGCUGCUGUCUGUGUUGCCCAGUACUCAUACAGCCGGACUUGUCUCUUCACUUUCUCUCAGCUCGACUUUCAAGCUAGAUAGUAACAGCUGCCUCUGGCCAUCAUUUUUGUUCAUAAUUGUGAAUUGGAAUUUUUCCAGCUAUCCAAUUCUUUGAAAAAAGUUGUAGGGUUGGGGUUUUUUGUGUUUGCUUGCUUGCUUUGUUUUAUUUGUUGAGAGAAUGAGAAUUUUCAUAGCCUUUGAGGGAUCUUUUGGACCAUUUGAUGUUUCAGUAGAUGAGACCGUGGAGGCUGUCAAGCUGAUGAUAAAGGAUUAUUUCCACAUUCCUCUCUCUGAAGAUGAACAAGGCAGGUGGUAUCUGGAGCUGAUGUAUGCUGGAGCAGCCCUAAAGGACAGCUGGAAUCUUGCUGAUGUUGGAAUAUCUUUUGGUUCAACUCUCAAAUGCUUUGUUAAGGAAGAAGACAAGCCAACUCUCUAUGUGUUUAAUGCUGUGACCCAAGAGACAAUGCCAAUGAUGGAGAACAUUUCCCUUCUUGGUAAAAAAGUGUCUGAUCUGAGAACCCUGGUAGCUCUGAGAUGUGGCUUCCCUGUGAGUGUUUUCUGUCUCCGGACCCCAGACGGACUGGAGAUGUAUGACUGCAACACCCUGAGGGACUACCAAACAGACAUCGGCAUGACACUUCGUUUGGACGUCUGGGAUGGAUGGAAGGAAUUUCUGAUGGGUUGUCUUCUGGGACAAAAACUUAAAGUCCAACGCUAUUUAUCAAAUGAAGGACCAGUACUCAAGUAUCAGAAAAAGGUGGCCCUGUACAUCGCCGCCUUUUAUGGGUACAUUGAGCUCACUGAAUGGGCCCUGAAGCAGGGUGUGCGGCCCGAAGAGGCUGUUGGUGUUCACCCCUGUCGAGCAUGGUGCCAUGAAGCCCUUCAUGCAGAUGUCUCUAAAUGCCCCAUUCAUGCAGCUGCAGAAGCGGGCCAACUGUUGAUUCUGAAGGCCUUUGUCAACUGCAGCGUGCUGUGCCUGGGAUGUAAAAAUGCAGCGGGACAAAAUCCCCUGACUAUUGCGUUUAAACACAAGCAUAAAGACUGUGUAUUAUAUUUAUUGAGUAAAAUGUGGUCCACAGUUUCUUUUCCAAAAAUUUCAGUCCCCAUGAGGAUUUAUAUUAAAAUAAAACAAUGGGUCCUCAGAGCUCAGAGUCACAACCUUAAUAAAAGCCAGCUUUGCGGAGCAAGGGUCUUUGGGGCAAAAGUUGGAGACACCGUGAUGGUGGAUGGUUUCACCACACCAAAAAUGACCUCCAAGAGCUGGCAUAAGGCUAGGUACAAGGACUCACAAAGCACUGUGGGCAAGUUACCACCUCUCAGGGAAGACACUGCAAGCAGGAAACCUGUCAGUCCUUUGGCAAUUUCACAGCAGGACGCAAGACAACAAACCUUGAAAUUGCCUCCGCUCGUAGAUGCAACUACAUUCUCUGAAUUACAAAGACAUCAACAACAGCAUUGGAAAAAAAUUACUGCCACAGCUGGGAUAAAAGAAAAGCUCAUAAAAAAUACAUAUCUCCCUCAAGUCCCCCUCCCCCCAGUUUCCAGAGUGGGAUACUCACACCCAUCUUUUUACUAUGCAACACCCAGAGCUGACUUUUUACUCAAAUCCUCCUUGGCGUGUUUCUCAGAGCACAGUGGUAUGACUCCAAGGGAGAACGCCAUCUACUGCUUAGCAGUGGCCAGUGCCUUUAAAGAGAAACGAUGGCUUCAGCAGUUAGGAAUAGCAAGAGUUCUAGCCAAAAAGAGCAUUUCUAACCUGACUACACAAGGAAGCCUAACAGCAUGUGAAAAUCCUCCAGAAAUUGUGCUUUGA